GUUCCUCGUGCGCGCUUCCUCCGCGCUAACGCCCGCGAGUCCUCCUCACUCGAGUGUCCACUGUCCGGCCACUCCCGACUAUAAAGACGUGUCGCACGCUCGGCAUCACCUUACCGGUCGCUCGACGGUGAAAGGCCACACACACACCUCAAGAUGCGAAUUAUUUGGCUGUUGGCUCUCUCUCUCGCUGUUCUUCAAGCGACCGCCGAUGAAGACGAAACGUGGGUGGAAGAAGAAGAUCUGGAGGACUAUAAUGACUACAAAGAUUAUGAUCGAUACAAACGGAGCGUGGAUGGCCCGUUCGAUGAGCACAUCCGCGUAAAACGCCGGAACAGGCGUUCUACCCGACAUCCUAGACAAAUACACCAAUAUGAAGUAUAUGAACCGUUCGAGGAGGGAUCAUAUCCCGCGCCCUCGUACCAGGAGAUGUUGGCAGCCAGUGCAGGCCACUAUCAUAGAACUUACUACCCGACAAACAACCGGGUCGCCCGACAUCUGAACGGUCAGAUACCAGCGGGGCCUCUAACGUUUGGAGUGGAACCGUCCGAUCCCAUCCAUAUUGUCGCAGCUCCUGUCCAUCUUGCGGCCCCUCCUGCAGAUACAAGUCCUGUGCACUUCGGCAAGCCAGCUGAAGUUGUAGGGUUAGUGGAACCGGCGGCAGAUUUGUCUACGGCUGCGGGAGGACACCACCCUCACGUGGUAGGACAUGAGAAGUCGUUUGGCCAUGCGCAUGAUGGAAGUCAUUACGGGGAACACGGCGGCAAGGCAUCGAAAGGUUCAAAUUCAAACCACUACUUGGAUAAAGGCAAUAAAGGUCACAAAAUAGACGAGCUCCACCGCAAGGAAUACGAAGAGGCUGCAGGCAAGAAGAGGAAACAUCACGACCGCGCUGGCCACAAAGGUAGCCACGAAGAAGAGGCUUUUGGACAACGAGGCGCGCACUUUGGAGAAAAGAAAGCCCACAAGAAAGGCCACAAGACGAAAGGUUUCCACAACAAAUACCAUAAAGACGAGUUCCACAAGGAACACAAGUUCUACGACGACUUCCACAAGGACGGUGAGCACCACCGCUACGGCAAGUUCAACGCUCGCCACGCCACCAACGAAAGCGGCAAGAAGAAGGCGCACCACGUCAACGCCGGACACGACUUUAUUGAGAAGGGCAAAAAUGGCUACAGUAAAAAGGGCCACAUAGACGCUGACCAUCGCGGACACCAUGGAACUGCUGGUCAUGACGAGCAUCAUGAACACCACUCACAACAUGGCAAGAAGGGGGGCAAGGAAGGAGGCUCCCACUGGGGGUAUGCCAAGAAGAACUGAGAUAAAUUUGUAGGCACUAUGACUUUUGGUAUUAAAAAUGUUAAAUGUUGCUAAUUCUGUAAAUGAGUUAAAUGAUAGUAAAGAACUAUUGAUAAAAUAACUGUUUAUAUUAUAAAGGUAUUAAAAUAUUUAUUUUUAUAUAGAGCAUAUUAUUAUAUGGAUUUAGAACAGAAUUUAAAAGACGUACAUCAGCAUCGUUAAAAUAAAUAUUAUUUAAUCAAAUGAUAAUAAUAUGUCCUUUCGUAUGAAUAUUAAAUCAAUUUACAAUACUUAUUCAUUAUGUACUAAUUAACUGAGUAUACCUAAUAAUUAAUAACAUAUUUUGAAUCAUUCACUACCGUGUUAGUACUACGGGCGGAUUAUACUUAUAAGAAUAUUUUUAGCACAAAAUCUUAAUCAAGGUGAAUAAUUAUAAGUAAAUUGAAUGUGUAGAAGUACUGGGAAAUAAUAUCUACCCUCAUAAAUACAGGAUGGCCGAGAAGUUCAGGUCCAAAGCUAAAAUUUGAAAGCCUCAUGGUGUCAAUCACCCCUAUGUAUGUUCUUCGAUUUUGCGUAGUUUAGGAGAUAAUUUUUUUCCCUUUUCAUCCGCUUUUUUCACCUAAUUGUGGUUUAGGACUUUUUUUUUAUUUUUUGAACAAUUUUAGUUAAUUUUACUGUUGAUAAUUAUUAACUACAGUUGCAAUAACCACAUAAGAAACUAUGAAUAGUUUAGACAAUGCGGAACUAGUUUAGAAUUGGAUCGUAAGUUCAGGAUAACUGCUCUAGCUUAAUUCAUGAAAAUGUACAAGGUAUCAAAAAAAAAAUGGGGAGCCUAUGGCUUCUACCUAUUUUUAAAAACUUCCCAGAACAUUGGCCAAUAAAAUGAGCCAAAUUCAAAUUGUAGCUUUGGACGUCAACUUCUUGGCCACCCAGUAUAAUAAAUAAAAAUAAUUUAUUAAUAUUUACAUAACACAUGUUUCGAUGAAUAAAUUGAUGAAUACGAUUUAGAAGAUCGUUCGUUAUAUAAUUAAUCAUGUUACACUUUAAAGUUGAUUUAAAGUUGAGCUUUCAUGAAUUGGUAUGGUACGGCGGCUACUGUGUCUGCUAGACAAGAGCCCUUAUUGAGUCCAUUCUGCGUGUAGUGUUAGCCAGUUACUCCAACCAGCCCAGCUCCUUCCAGACGUAGCAAGUUUUCCUGGGAUGUUCGCAGACUUUCCAAUUAAUGUGUUAUUAUGUUUUACGUUUUAUUUAAUUUAAUACCUACUGUAGUGAAGUAAUGUUCUAGACUUAAGGAUUACUGUUAAUACGUUCCUAAACUCAGUAUUAAGGUUUAAUAAACAGACCAAAAUACGUCUUGUAGGGUAUUUAUAUGUAUCAACCUUUUCAUGUUCUUCUAAAGUUUAAUGAUGUGUGAUUAGUUUAUCAAAAUUUUCAAAAUAGUUUGUUAUAAUAAAUUUGUUUAAUUUAAGUGAAAAUGUUUUUGUAUUUUGAUAUCUGAAAAGAUUAAAUAAUGAAAAAUC